AUGCAGGGCUCCCUCGUGCUCAGCCUUCUGGCCUUGCUCGUAGCUUCAGCUAAUGGCCAAUAUUCAUGUUCAGUUUGCCCAGUCUUCAAGUCCCAGGCAAAUUGUCCUACCAGUGUGCAGAACUGCACAGAGGGGACCUGCAUUCUCACUCUGGAAACAGUCUUCUCAGGAAAGGACAAGGUGACCGUCAAAGCUUGCAUGGAGGACAGCACUACCUGCCGUGCAAACUUCAUCAGCCUGACCGUCGGGCCUGACAAACAAGUGAGGACCAGCUCCAUGUGUUUUCAAAGCAACAACUGCAGCCUGAAUAUAACCGUGGCCGUGCCACCGAAGAGCUCACCCAAGAAUGGGCUGCAGUGCGGAGCCUGCAAUGAGCCAAACGUUGACCAGUGCAAGAACAGCGUGAACGUCGCCUGUAUGGGCUCUCAGGAUCGUUGUAUCGACUUUGCUGGGACACCUGUUAACAACACUAACACCACAUUGAUCUUGAAAGGCUGCGCUACCCCGAGCGCCUGUGAGCUGAAAAUCAAUGGCAGCUUCUACUAUUCCCAGCAGACAUAUACGCUGACCAAAGCCGACUGCCUUCCGGGUACCAGCAAGGGCUCUAACGCUGCUGUUCAUGCCCUGGCGUUCUUCCCAACGUUGGCCGUGCUGCUCCUGGUGAAACAGCUGUCCUGAUUUGCACUCUGUCUGCAUGAUCCUGGAGAACCUCCCCCCCACCACCCCUUGGGAUUUAGGGGUGCCUUUGGAGAGAUGAGUUCAUCACAGGUUGUCGGGCUCUAUACAGGGGUGUGAGUCAGUUAUGCGGGACAUCAGCCACAGACGGCCUUAAAAUGGGUGAAUCAAUAAUCCAGUGGGUUGAAUAAAAAUGGUAUUGAAAUCAUUCAGGUGUCUGCUUGUUUCUUGUCAAGGGGAGGUGGCGG